AUGGUCCACCAGGUCACCAGCCAUGACACAAUACACAUAUGGCACGAACAGUGUGAGAACUACAUAACAACAGUGGUCCCACAGAGGGACAACAAUACACCGUAUUGCAUGACAUGGUCCACAGGAGGGGACCAACCAAGUGGGGUAGUGGUUUCACAGAGUGACAACAAUAACACCGUAUUGCAUGACAGUAAUGAGGGACUACAUAACAACAGUGGUCCACAGAGGGACAAAGAUAAUGCUGUAUCACAUGGGAGUAAUGACGGACUGCAUAUCGAUAGUGAUCCAGAGAGUGACAAAAAUAACACUGUAUCACAUAGCAGUAACGAUGGACUGCAAAAUAAUGAUGGUCCACAGAGUGAUAAAAAUAAUGAUGUAUCACAAGGCACUAACGACGGACUGCAUAACAAUAGUGAUCCACAGAAUGACAUAGAUAACACCACAUCACAUGGCAGUAAUGAUGAACUGCAAAACAACAGUGGUUCCAAGAUUGACAAAAAUAACACUAGAUCUCAUUGCAGCAAUGAAGUGCUUCAUAAGAGAGAUGGAGAUUUUGGUGUUAGCGGUGAUAGACCAUACAACAACACGAAGGUUAAUGAAUCAGAUAGUGGUUACUAUAGUUUCCAGAAUAAUAAGAGCAAGGCUAAUGGUGAUGUUAUACACAAUAAUGAAAACAGCUAUAAACAAUACUUCAAUGACCAUAAUAAUAAUGAGGAUAAUAGUGAAGAAGAAACAGAUGUUGAUAAUGAUGAACUUUCUGAAAGACAUUAUAAUGAAGAGGCAUAUCAUAAUGACACUGGACAUGGUGUCGGAAAACAUGAUGGACCAAAUGAUGACAACAAGAUGACAGAGGACAAUGAUGAUGACGAUGCUUGGCAACACAAUCAUGAUGACAGGCUACUCAAUGAUGUUAAUGAUAACUGGCCACCUACAACUGCUGUACCCAACAACUCUGAGGAUGAUGAAUCACCCGGAGAAGAAGACAGACAGUAUGAUGAUAAUCAUAAAGGAGCGCAUCAUAGGGAUAACUGGCAGUAUAAUGAUCAUCACAAACAUGAUGAUAGGUCACGGUAUCCAAAUGCUGUCCUAGUGUGCUUCUUCAAAGGUCGAGUCAUAUGUCACCAUCGCGGGCAAGCGUUGCACUCGGCCACAAUUCAAAGCCCCAGUCGGCCGCUACAGCCACUGCCACCUAUGGUGUGGACAUGA